AUGGCGUGCCACGUGUCCCUCGCCCUUCCUCAAAUCGGUCGACUUAGAACUUUCUCUAAACUCUCUUCCUCCCCACGUCUCCCUCUUCCUCCCCCCGUCCCCCUCGCCCUCCCCCCUUCUCCCUCUUCUCCACCAUCCACGUCUCCCCCAGACGUUUCUCUGUUCGCGCUACCACCUGCCUCGUCCUUCCUCCACUCUCCCGCUUCUGAUUCCUCCUCCCCUCUCCAAAGCGCCCCCACCCCUGGCGAUGAGGCCUAUAACGAGGAUGGCGAGGGUGAUAAUAACGAGGGCUUCCCCUCCCCAGCUGCUCUUGCUGCUGCCGCUGCUGCUGCUGGCAACGAAGCUGCUCUGUGUGUUGAGUUCAGCCGGGAACGAAGCAGGCGUGCUGAUAGAGCUGCCCGAAGGGCUAGCAGACAAACGAUGCCAUUCAGUGGGGAGGGAGUGGUUGGCAGAGGCAGGGGUAGUAGUGGGAGGGAGGGAAGGGGGAAGGAGAGUAGAAGAGGGGCUGAGGAGGAAGAGAGUAGUGUGGGUGAAAGGAGUGGGCGAUCUAGGAGGGAGAGAAGAAGCCAGAGGAGGGAAGAACAGGAGAGGGAAAGGGAGAGGAGGAAGCAGGAAGAGGAGGCAUCUGCAGGGCGGCAGGGGAGGCAGGGACGACAGGGGCGGCAGGGGCGAGGGGAGGGGAGUGAGGAGAGAAGGAAGGGGAGGGGUGAGGAGGAGAGGAGUGAGAGAUGGAAGGGAGGUCAGGGGACUGGUGUGAGGGAGGAGGGUAGACGAGGUGGUGGGAGGGGAGGAGGAGGGAAGAAGGAUUCAACGUUUGAUGAAGCAUCUGCGCUGGAAGCAGCUAUUAGGCUGGUGCAAAUGGGCGACCAUAAGAACGCCUUCCCCAUCUACGAUUGGGCGAGUCAAUCAUUCAGCCAACCCAACCCGCAUCCAUCCCUCCCUUACCCCUUGGCAGGAGAGUGGAACACAGGAGACAAUGGUGCUGCCCCCUCUCGCAAUCCUCACCUCCCCCCUCCAUCACGCCUUCCCUCUGCCAUCCCUGUCCCCUUCACCCCCCUCCCUCCCUCUCACACUGCAGUUGCAGGAGAGUGGAGCGCAAGAGACGGUGGUGCUGCUGGCGUGGCGUGGCAUGGCACACGCGUUUGCAGAGCACUAUGA